AUGACUGCUGAUGAAUUCCCGGCGCUGCCCGAAGCGCCGGCUGACCUCUUCACUGAUGGCAUCACCAACAAGCUGGUGGCCUGCUACACGGACGAGGGCAUGGCGGACGCGGUGCUGGUCCGUGUCUACGGCAGGAAGACGGAGCUGUUUGUGGACAGGGAGACGGAGCUGAGGAACUUCCAGGUGCUGCGUGCCCACGGCUGUGCCCCCGACCUCUACUGCGCCUUCCAGAAUGGGCUCUGCUACCAGUUCCUGCCGGGCAUCGCGCUGGGGCCCAGCCACGUGCGGGACCCCCACAUCUUCAGGCUGGUGGCCCAGGAGAUGGCCCGGGUACACGCCAUCCACGCCAACGGGAGCCUCCCCAAGCCCAUCCUCUGGCAGAAGCUGCACAAAUACCUCACCCUCGUGAAGACGGAUCUCAGCCCAAAGGUACCCAACCCCAGCCUCCAGCAGGACGUGCCCAGCCUGGAGAUGCUUGAACACGAGCUGGUCUGGAUGAAGGAAACGCUGUCCCAGCUGGGGUCCCCCGUCGUGCUUUGCCACAACGACCUGCUCUGCAAGAACAUCAUCUACGACGGGACGCAAGGUUCGUGGUGGUGGCUUCGCGCGCCCGGCGGAGAGCUGCAGUGGCUGCGCUCCUACCUGCAGGCCUACAAGCAGCUCACCCAGGGGGACCGAGGAGGCACGGGGGUGUCCGAGGAGGAGCUGGAGGCUCUCUACGUGCAAGUGAACAAGUUUUCUUUGGCAUCCCAUUUCCUCUGGGCAUGCUGGGGCCUGAUCCAGGAUAAAUACUCUACCAUAGACUUUAACUUCUUAAGAUAUGCAAAGCUAAGGUUUAAACAGUACUUCAAGAUGAAGCCGGUGGUCACAGCCCUGCAGAUCUCUAAAUAG